AGCAUUCACUUCCAGCUCUAUACCUUUUCUAUCAAUGGCGCUAGAAGAUGGAGAGAAACCAGGGUCUACUUUGGUGGUGGUGAGAAAGCCAAACGAUUGUAUCAUUCUCUUGCUGAGAGUUGUUGCAUUCUUGGCCACACUUUCCGCAACUCUUGUGAUGGCACUCAACAAAGAAACCAAAACCUUGGUUGUUGCUACUGUUGGGACUACUCAAGUUAAAGCAACUCUCACAGCCAAGUUUCAACACAAUCCAGCAAAUGUGUACUUUGUUGUAGCUAAUGCAAUGGCCAGCUUUCAUAACUUGUUGAUGAUAAUAGUGCACCUCUGCGGAGGCAAGUUCAAGGACAAGGGUCUUCGCCUUGUGAUGAUGGCCAUUUUAGACAUGAUGACUGUGGCCCUGGCAUCAUCUGGUGAUGGUGCAGCUACCUUCAUGGCACAGCUAGGGAAGAACGGAAACUCACACGCAAGGUGGAACAAAAUCUGUGACAAGUUUGGCAAGUUCUGUGACCAUGGUGGUGGUGCUCUCAUUGCUUCUUAUAUCGGGCUGCUUCUUUUGGUGGUUAUCACGGUGUUGUCCAUCAUCAAGCUACUCAAAACCAAAUAGAGCACUCCUACGCAAUAGUCUCUUUUCAUGUAUACUUGUUUGAUUUGUGUGUUAAUGUUUGAUUGAUGUGUUUACUGUUUCUGGAGUGCUAUCCACAAACCCACAAUCACAUAAGAAGAUGGUUAUUACAUAUGUAGGGGGUGGAGGAAUGACAUGAACUUGUUUGUAACUGGUGAAAUUUUACAUACAAUCGCUUCACAAUUUAUCUUUUGAACAA